GGAGAGCGCAGAUGGGCCGGGGCCGCUGCUUCCUGGAGACCGCAGGUGUAGAAGCAAGCGCCGCGCCCCAAGCUGGACGGGCUUCCGAAGCUGGCAGGAUGAAUGUGGGGGUGGCACACAGCGAAGUGAACCCCAACACUCGAGUGAUGAAUAGCCGGGGCAUCUGGCUGGCCUACAUCAUCUUGGUAGGACUGCUGCAUGUGGUCCUACUCAGCAUCCCCUUCUUCAGCAUUCCUGUUGUCUGGACCCUGACCAACGUCAUCCAUAACUUGGCUAUGUAUGUCUUCCUACAUACGGUGAAAGGGACACCCUUUGAGACCCCUGACCAAGGAAAGGCUCGGCUACUGACACACUGGGAACAGAUGGACUACGGGCUCCAAUUUACCUCUUCCCGAAAAUUCCUCAGCAUCUCUCCCAUUGUACUCUACCUCCUGGCCAGCUUCUACACCAAGUAUGAUGCUGCUCAUUUCCUCAUCAACACAGCCUCACUGCUUAGUGUACUGCUGCCCAAGUUGCCCCAAUUCCAUGGGGUCCGUCUCUUUGGCAUCAACAAAUACUGAGGGAUGGGGCUGGGGACGUUGGAACAAAGGGCUGUAACAUCCCUCCUUUUUCUAUACUGUCUUCUAUAUCUUGAAAGCCUGAGAACUAUGUUUCCCAAACUCCCAGUGGAAACUCAAACUUUCCCAAAUUUUCAUUGGAAAAUGGGGUUCCCUGGGCCCAGCCCUGCUAGGGGCAGGUUUCUUUGACUCAGGAAAGACAGGUGAGGUAAGGGGCAAAUCACUCUCCACAGCAGGAAGCCAUGUUUGGGCAGCUUUUUGGUUGAUUAAGUUUUUCCAUAUCAUCCACUCCCACCACCUUCCAGCUCUGUUUUACUGUGUAUUUUCCUUAUAAUAAAGGUAAUUUUUUUCAGAUAUGGCUACAGUUUGGUCAGCAGGAAGGGUAGGGAGAUGUCUUCAUAAGGCUGGGGAAGAAAGAUGCAACAAUGACUUACAGAACUACAAAAUUUCUCUAAGGUUUUUUUGUCCCCUCUCCCUUGGUCCAGUAGGAGGUGCCCUUCACUCUCAGCUAACACUUAGGAGGGAAAAGAUUCUCAAAUGACAAAAAAAGGGCUUCAGCUAUAUGGGCAAAGAAGAGAGGGAAGAUACAGGUUGCCAGUUAUGUAUUUAUAGAAAGAUAAUCCCCUGGCUUUAAAUAGAUAUGUACAUACAAAUAUGAACAAACUUAAAAAAAUACAAACCCUUGGAUCAUAAGGGGGCUGCCAGGAGCCCCUCUAUCCUUCCCCCUCACCCAAGGGCAGAGAGCGUGAAUCUGUUUUUUAAAAAUUAUUAGUUUUGGCCAUCCCUGCAGCAACAAGCACGAAGUUGGGUGAUUACCCACAAGGUGAGAGUUCCCGCUCUCUGAACUCUAUGUAUCUCCUAUAAUUAGGGUUACAUGCUUUCUCAUUCUGUCUUUUUACUAGUAUAUUGGGGCAAAGGAGGGGGCUCCCUCCUGAAAUGGGUCAAGAAAUAAUACAGACACGUUUAAAAAGAGGGGGGAAAGUGUCAUCUGCUGUAGAAGCAAAAGACAAGAAAAGGCAUACAGACCCCAGGGAAAUACCCAGUUCCCACACUACUAUGGGAGAUAUCGUCCAGCCCAGGUCCAGGCCCUAGGUUCUUUGUUCUAGCCACCCCCUAUUUCUUUGGUAUUGUCAGAAGACAAGAUUCAGUUCCUGGGUGCUGGUGGAGGAGGGAGAGUGGUUCCAGGGCUUCCUAUAAGUACUGAGUGAACAAUUUGAGCUUAAAAUUUUCCCUUUUUUAAAUAUUUAAAAAUAAA